CCCCAAUCUCUGAAUGGCGGGUGAAUCGUCGUCAGCGUCAUCGCCGGUGACGGUGGAGGAACUGACACUGACGGUGAAAUGGAGCGGGAAAGAGUACACCGUCAGAGUCUGCGGCGACGACACCAUAGGAGAGCUCAAACGGCGUAUUUGCGAAGUCACCAAUGUUCUUCCCAAACGCCAGAAGCUUCUCUACCCCAAAAUUGGAUCCAAACUCGCCGACGACACUGUAUUCCUCUCCCAGCUUCCCCUUAAAUCUUCGCUCAAAAUGACCAUGAUUGGUACUGUUGAAGAUGAUAUAAUUGUGGAUCAAGUGGACUCUCCGGAGAUUAUUGAUGAUUUUGAACUUGGGCAAGAAGAACCUGUAGAUAUCAAGGAUAAAGAGGUCAAUCAGGAGAAACUGAGGAGACGUAUUGAUCGGUACAAGAUUGAACUCCGGAAUCCUUGCCGUGAGGGGAAGAAGCUGCUUGUUUUGGAUAUUGAUUAUACCCUGUUUGAUCACCGGUCAAAAGCUGAAAAUCCACUUGAACUCAUGAGGCCUUAUCUUCAUGAGUUUCUCUCGGCUGUCUAUGCUGAGUAUGAUAUCAUUAUAUGGUCUGCAACCAGCAUGAAGUGGGUUGAAUUGAAGAUGGGACAGCUUGGUGUACUUGACAAUCCUAACUACAAAAUUACAGCUCUCCUGGACCAUUUAGCAAUGAUCACAGUACAAUCAGAUUCUCGUGGGAUCUUCGAUUGCAAGCCACUCGGCUUAAUUUGGGCUCAUUUUCCGGAGUUUUACAAUUCAAAGAACACUAUUAUGUUUGAUGAUCUACGGAGAAAUUUCGUAAUGAACCCACAGAAUGGUUUGACGAUUAAGCCAUUCAGAAAUGCACACUCAAAUCGAGGAACUGACCAGGAGCUUGUGAAGCUCACACAAUACUUGCUUGCCAUAUCGGAUCUUGAUGACCUCAGCAUCCUUGAUCAUAAGAACUGGCAGUCAUACGAUGAGGAGCAUCCCAAGAGACGCAGGCAUGCAUGAGGGACAUGACUGCCAAAAUUAUGAAGGUGUCACUGACCUCCCUUUCUCUAUGAUACGUUUGUUCUUAUUCGUGUAACUAAAGGCUGGAUUUGGAUGACUGCUUUUUUCGCCUCCAGUUAUGGGGCGAUGAUCAACAAAUUGUGUAUGUAAUAUUGACGAAAUCCUUAAAAAUUUUGUGACAUGAUAUUGCAAUUAUGCAGCAGAAAUUGAAGUUUCUUGUUCAUAGUUCAUAGCUUUCG